CUUUGCCUCUGCUGCAAUUUUGUCUUUAUUUUCAUACAAGCUUUUUAUUUCCUCCGCAGCCUUCGAUCUCAUGGCGAUGGCAAUCAAUGUAAAGAAAUGGAUCGAGGAGAACACAGAGUAUUUUUUGCCUCCGGUGUGCAAUAAACUCAUGCACAACCAGCAGCUGAAAGUUAUGUUUGUCGGGGGCCCAAACCAAAGGAAGGAUUAUCACAUCGAAGAGGGAGAAGAGCUGUUUUACCAAGUGGAAGGGGACAUGUGCCUGAAAAUUGUGGAGAAUGGAAAACACAAGGACGUCCACAUCAAGCAAGGCGAGAUGUUCCUCCUUCCAGGCCGAAUUCCACAUUCACCACAGAGAUACGCAGACACGGUGGGGCUCGUGUUUGAAAGGAGAAGGCUGGAUACAGAGAAGGAUGGCCUGAGGUUUUACGUGGAAGGGUCCCCAGAAGUAUUGUUUGAACAGUGGUUUUACUGUGAAGAUCUUGGAACUCAGCUUGCCCCGAUAAUGAAAGAGUUUUUCAGCUCAAAACAAUAUAAAAGUGGAAAGCCAGACCCAGAUAAGCCAAAAUCAAAAAUGCCCUUCUGUCUCAGUACUGAGCAAGUUAUGGAACCCUUUUCAUUCCAGCAUUGGUUGAACAAACAUCGUUUGGAAAUAAUUCAGAAGAAAUGUGUGAGUUUGUUUGGAGACGAUCAUGAAACAAAGGCUGUCAUCUAUGGAGGUGGGGAAAGCAAACAAAGCAAAGCUCAGACUGAUGUCUGGAUCUGGCAACUGGAGGGAACAUCUCAUGUCACUUUGGGUAAUGAAGUUCUGAAGCUUGGCUCUGGAGAUAGUCUGCUUGUCCCAGAAGAGACUCUAUUCUCAUGGAUCAGAGCAGAUGGUUCCAUCGCUUUAUCAACAAGUCAGGUUCCAUUGCCCAUGUAAAUAACCUUUUCAUCAACGUAUUCCAGGAGGAAUCAUCGCCAUUCUUAUUGUUACACAGUGGGACCAGAGUCAUGCUAAAAAUGGGGCUUUAAUCAAACAAAUUAAUGUAAACUAUAAAUUACAAUUGUCUAUUUUACAUAUUGUUUGUAAUACUCGGUUCUGUUGCAUUUGUCUCACACCUACAGAAAACCAUUGUACAAAUUCUGAUUGCAUAGAUUGCACAUCCAUAAGGGGGUUAUUUAUAAAGUCUUUUUUAAAAUCUUACUAUAAAAUCAAAAUGGGGGUGUUAAAAGUCCGAAUAAAAAGUACUCCACUUCCGACUUGCCGAGUUCAAUGGGAGAAGUCCAGAAGAUAUCCUGAUCUGCUCUGGGUUUUGUGCAAUAAUCCGAAGAUUUCAUGGUUUUCGGGCAAUAAUUAGUGAUGGGCGAAUUUAUUCGCCAGGCGCAAAUUCGCUGCGAUUUGCGUGAUUCGCCACCAGCGAAUAAAUUUGCGAAACACCCGCGAAAAUUCGCUGGCAAAAAUUCGGACGUCGAAAAAAACGGACGCCGGUGUCAAAAAAGAGACGCAGACGCAGUUUCGCAAAUUUUUUCACAUUUCACGAAUUUUGCGGGAAAAUGGGUUUUUGGGGAAAAUUCCAAAAGAUUCAUAUGAUUUGAAUUGUUUCAUGAUUUUAUCAAAUUUUUACCUGCACAGGAAAUUUUUGGGAAAAUGUAUUGAUAAAUAAGGGGGGGGGAGAAUGAGAAAUUUUCGUAUUUUGAUAAAAAAAAUCCCUUAAGAGUCUAAGGGAGUUAUGUAAUAAAAGGCACUAAAUUUGCCCAGGAAUAGUAACCCAUAGCAACCAAUCAGCUGGUAGCAUUUACUGGUCACCUGCCAUCCAUCCUGCCCCCUAUGUCACCCACCCUGACAUCAUCCAGUCCGCCACCGACUUCAGCUCCCUGCCCCUUGCCCAUUUUCCCCAAACAAAAAAGUGACAACCGUAACUAAAGAGCUGCUGAAUAAAAAGCCGAAAAACAAAUCUUUCGGAUUUUCCACCGAAAACCCAGUUUUUGCCUGAAACCCACAAAAUCUUUGGAUUAUUGCACGAAACCCAGCACAGAAAAAAAAGUCUUUGGGACUUCUCCCAUUAACUUAUAUGCAACCUCGGCAGGUCUGAGUAGGCAAAUUUUACGAUUCUGACUUUUUCUAUCCUUGGGGUAUAAUAAAUACCCAAAAAUUGGUUUGUUUUUUUCCCACUAAAAAUUUUGAUUUUAUACUAAAAAAAACCACACAUUUUUUUUUUUUUUUGGCAUUUGGAGUUUAGUACAUAACCCCCUAAAAGUUAGGGGUCUUAUGUGAAUAAUGAAACUUUGCCUGCAGUGCUGAAUCAAUUAAAAAUCUGUUUUCAGGUGAUAAGGGAACCAUUAUAAACCAAAAUGUUGCCUGUAAAAUGUACAAAAUACUCUCAUUUUCCAAUAUAAAAUCAAAGAAAUAAUUUAUUUGUGAAGUUCUGUUCCAGUUCCGGAGCAGGUCACCUAUAAACACACAAAAAGUUUCUCCUUGUCUGUUAAAAUAAAGACAUUUCUUGUUUC